CCGACUUUCUUUGGUUUCCUUUACACUGUGGGAAACCCAAUUUAAACAUUCUAAUUGAGUCCCCAGUUUCUCACAUUUUAAUAGUAGUGAGUAAAGAUGCCGCUGCUAUGGAAAAAAGGGCGGAUUUCCCAGAUGGUGGCGGAUCUCCAAUCCCCGAAAAGGAGAGGCGGAUCGAUGGUUGUGCAGACCGGAUUCCCAACCUCUCUUAUAGAUCUCUUCGUCAAAAACCGCGAUCGGUUGAGAAAACAGUCCAAAAAAAACCAGUCUCGGAAAAAUUCCCAAAAAAGUUCCGAUUUUGAUCCCGUUGACCGGGUCUCCGAUCAGAUCGCUGAAAAGGGUUCGGAUGAUUUGUCGAUUUUGGCGGUACCCAGUUCGGGAGAGAUCGAGAAUUUGGUCGCUCGAAAAGAUGAUCAUGCUGUUUCGGAAGACACUGAUUCUCGGGUUUCGGAUGCGGAAAGUUCUGGAAUUGUCGCCGAGGAAUCUCCACGUGGCGGCUCUGGAGAUUUGAGUUCGGUUUUUGUGGCGGCGGCGAAGGUGUUUGCGGUGGUGGUUUUGGCUCUGUGCACUACCAAGUUCGCCGUUGGGAUCACACUGUCGGCUUUCCUGCUUCUGUUUCUGGAAUGUGUGGGUAAGCGCCUUUCUUGUUUAGUGAAACCUUGGUCGAAUGCGAAAUCGGGUUUGCAGUGUGUGGCUAGGAGGAUGGGGUAUGCAUUGUUGGUUUUGAGGAGUGAUGUGAUUGUGAAAGAAAAGAGUGAGGGGGUUGUGUUUGAGUUGGUUGAACCUGGGGUUGAAUCAGACUCUUCGAUGGAGGAGAUUGAGGUUAUGAGUUGUGGUAUUGUGUGUAUUGACGAAGGUGUUAGUGAGAUGGGUUUGAACGAGUAUUUGAGUAUGGAUGGUGAGAAGGGGGAGAAGGUUGAAGUGGGUGAUCAUACGGAUGACUUAUCGGAUUCGGUUUGUGAGAAGAGUAAGGGUAAGGGUAGAAAGAAGUUUGUGCCUAAGAUGGGAGCCAAGUUCAUCAAGAAGUUGGUGUCUAAGAAAUUGCGCAAGAACAGUAUGAAGCAUCAGUCGGGGACUGAGCCAGAGCCAAAGGCAAGUACUGAAGUUUGUGAAGAGGGACUGGUAGAACAUGAAGACCGAAGGGAAGGGUUUAGUGCUGAGGAAGAAGAAAGUGAGAACGGUUCACCGCUGUCGGUAAAUUCAGAAAACAAGUGUGAAAAACAAGAAGCUGAUGGAAUAGUAACUUCGUUGAUUGUUGAAAAGAAGGGAGCAGAAAGCAAAGGGAAUUUUGGGUAUCUCAUUCUGUUUUUGAUAGCUCUUGCUGGACUUAUUGGAGGUCGGGUUGUAGCUCUGAUGCUGACAAUCACUUGGUGCUUUAUGUUGAAGUUGAUCAGGUAUUGGAGUGGAUCAGGCAAUAUGCUCGUCUCCAUGAAAAGCUUAUUGACCUACCUUUCCAUAAGAUUUGCACCACAUGACAUGAGCUUGUAUGGAAACGUGGUGUUGUUCGUUGAUUUCCUCAGUAUUGGAACAAUCUAUGCGUUCUCUCCGUAGGCAGCAGCUGCAGUUGCAGUAAUGCCUGCUCUUAAGGAGUCCUUGGCCUGUUAUGGGAAUCCUGCUCUGCACAAGAGAUCAACUAGACAGCGAAAGUGCUGAAUCAAUUUGGUUAAGCCCUGAUCAUGAAUCAGAAACUCUUCUUCAGACUAAUUACGGAGAGGGCGACAUGAAUCAGAAACUCUUCCACAGAAAUUAUCUAAAAUUGUGCCUGCAGACUGCUGAUAAUGGAUUUGUCAACUUGGAAAG